AUGCAGGCUACUUGGUCUGCACUCAAUGACGAUCCCGACAACAGCCCGUCCCAGUCGGUCCGCUGGUCGCGCACCAUGGCGCGCAGUGGCAGGCUGAAGAACGUCCGGGUUGCCAAGCCGACAACCCGGAAAAAGUAUCGUGUUCGGUUCCAGGUGGCAGAGAAGGCACGCGCCCCGGCCAAGGUCCGCCGACGGCAGCAUCUGCAGGUCGAUGACUUUGAGGCCGCACUGGGAUCGUCACAUGGCGCGAUAGCGAGGGACAAUACAACACGUGGACUUGCUGCACCUGUAACGGAAGACAAUCGCUUUCCGUUGUGUUCCCCAGUAGACGCCUCGACGGCCCAGGUUGACUUAUCCAGCCAGUCUCAAGAAUCUCGAGAUACUGAAUCAAGCAAUUACUCCAUGCUACCCGGGCUUGAUUCUUCUUGGCCGCUGCAGCUGGAGGACCCGUUGCCUUUGAUUCCAGUACGUGAGAUCACGGAUUCUCCACCUUGCGACGCAGCUGCGCUGCUUGAAUUACCAUCCCCUACCUCUGCCGCCCCCACCGACGAUACAUUCGACCGGUAUAGCUCAUCAUCGAACGACGAUCUCUAUUUUCUUCCCUCCAUCAGAUCGCGUCAAAGCACACCUGCGGCAAUCACAGAUUCCGAAGAAGAUCAACCUCCAGUAUCUGUCAUACCAGCCUCGAUGCAGUUCCCCAUCCUUCAACAUGCGUUAUUCGCCCUGACAGGAUACUGGGCAUCGCGAUCCUGCACCAGCAAGACAGAAGACUCGGUGAAGGCUCUGUGGCAUAAGCAAAAGGUCCUCGUGCUGUUCCGAGAGAGUCUCGCUGCUGGAGACUGCGCUAGCCUUCCCAAUCUGCUUGCCUGCCUUUUCAUCCAAUCCAUCGAAAUCGUUGACUCUGGCAUCGGGGACUGGGCCCUGUGGCUACAGGGCAUCAUCAUGAUGCUCCAGGGUCGAGACAGGCUAGAGGCGGACAUGGUGGAAGCCAGCGACUGGCAAGUCUUUACCAAGUGCGCUGUCGCGAUGGAGACAAUGGCGGCCGUGACAUCCUGGCGCCCCAUCACCAUCUCCAGCGCCUACUGGCGUGCCUUUCUCGGUGACUUAAGCAUGUAUUACCAUGUUCGACGUGGCGGGGAGAUGACUGUCCAUAGGCUAUGCAGCGAGGAUCAGUUCUUCCAGAAAAUCCUCGGCUGUCCAACCAUCGUCUUGUUCGUGCUCUGCGAGAUUGAGCGAUACGUGGCAUCGGCGCCAUGCGGUGGCGGCAGUGUCGACGAGACGCGAGUUGACAACGACAACGACAACAACUGCCGCUUCAAUGCCUGGGAGGACCUGUUAGUUCGUUGGACGCCGCCCGCGGACAGCAGCGAGACGCUGAUGAACAUUUCAGAAGCUUACCGCAACGCAGCCCUCGUGCACUAUUCGCGAAGGGUGCGGAGGCUCCCGUACCGCCAUGCCACGGUGCAGCAGUACAUUGUCCGGACCCUGCACCACCUCAAGGAGUUUGACUAUCGCAUGUCGAGUGUCAACGUAAUAUGGCCUCUCAUGAUUGCCAGCCUAGAGCUGGAUAUUUUCGAACGUCCAGAGCUGAAGCAGCGCACCCUCGAGAUUCUCGAGGACUUUCCGCCGGGCGUGAACAGACUUGUGCUUUUUGAGAAUUGCGCAGAGUUGCUAAGACUGGUCUGGGACCAUAGGCGCAAGUCGGAACUCAGGGGCGAGGAACCUCUUGACUGGAGAGAUAUCUCAAAGGAGGUGGGCUGGGUCUGGUCCUUUUGGUGA